GUGAAGACACUGAGAGUGAAAAAACCUUCAACCUGCUUCAAAACCUUCCACCUCCUUAUCAACUGACGAGAACCAGAAUGAGAACUUACGCGAUUCUUCCACUUUGUAUCGUGCUUUUGUCUGCGGCUGGAUGUGUUUCAGCCUAUUGCCCUUGGGGAUGGAGGCAGCUCGACAGCUUUUGCUAUUAUGCAAGCAGCACAUCCAUGACUUGGCACCAAGCCCAACAAUUCUGUCGAAGACUGGGAGGAGACCUGGUAAAGAUUACCAAUGCGCGGGAAAACGAGUUUGUCCUAGCCCUCGCGAGGAAGUUUGCACCAACAAGGCAACAAGUGUGGAUCGGCCUGAUGUGGACCGCUAACGACUUUUACUGGAGUGAUUACUCUGUUCCAGUCUACAAAGCCUGGGCUCCAAAUGAACCGAAUGGAAAAUCCCGGGAACCAUGCAGCAACAUGUGGACUAGGCAUACUUCCUCUAUGCCAAUCAGGGCAAACGGUUACUGGAAUGACCUCCCUUGUACGGCACCAUCUAACUUGCUCUGUGGCCUGGUGUGUAAAAGGCUCGCUUAAGC